UCAUGGAGCAGUUCAACCCCAGCCUCCGGAACUUCAUCGCCAUGGGGAAGAACUACGAAAAGGCCCUGGCAGGUGUGACGUAUGCAGCCAAAGGCUAUUUCGAUGCCCUCGUGAAGAUGGGAGAGCUGGCCAGUGAGAGUCAAGGCUCCAAGGAGCUCGGAGAUGUUCUCUUCCAGAUGGCGGAGGUCCACAGGCAGAUCCAGAACCAGCUGGAAGAAAUGCUGAAGUCUUUUCACAACGAGCUGCUCACACAGCUGGAGCAGAAGGUGGAGCUGGACUCCCGGUACCUGAGUGCUGCACUGAAGAAGUACCAGACCGAGCAGAGGAGCAAGGGUGAUGCGCUCGACAAGUGUCAGGGUGAGCUGAAGAAGCUCCGCAAGAAGAGCCAGGGAAGCAAAAACCCGCAGAAGUACUCGGACAAGGAGCUGCAGUACAUUGACGCCAUCAGCAACAAGCAGGGGGAGCUGGAGAACUACGUGUCCGACGGCUACAAGACAGCCCUGACCGAGGAGCGGCGGCGGUUCUGCUUCCUGGUGGAGAAGCAGUGCGCCGUGGCCAAGAACUCUGCCGCCUACCACUCCAAGGGCAAGGAGCUGCUGGCUCAGAAGCUGCCGCUGUGGCAACAGGCCUGCGCGGACCCCAACAAGAUCCCAGACCGCGCCGUCCAGCUGAUGCAGCAGAUGACCAGCAGCAACGGCGCCGUCCUGCCCGGCGCUCUGUCGGCCUCCAAGUCCAACCUGGUCAUCUCAGACCCCAUCCCAGGGGCCAAGCCCCUGCCCGUGCCCCCAGAGCUGGCCCCUUUUGUGGGGCGGAUGUCGGCCCAGGAUGGUGCACCCGUCAUGAACGGCAUCUCAGCCCCAGACAGCGAGGACUACAACCCCUGGUCUGACCGCAAGGCUGCCCAGCCCAAGUCCCUGUCUCCUCCGCAGUCUCAGAGCAAGCUGAGCGACUCGUACUCCAAUACCCUGCCUGUGCGCAAGAGCGUGGCCCCGAAAAACAGCUAUGCCACCACUGAGAACAAGACCCUGCCCCGCUCGAGCUCCAUGGCAGCUGGCCUGGAGCGCAACGGACGCAUGCGUGUGAAGGCCAUCUUCUCCCACGCUGCCGGGGACAACAGCACCCUGCUCAGCUUCAAGGAGGGCGACCUCAUCACCCUGCUGGUGCCUGAGGCCCGCGACGGCUGGCACUAUGGCGAGAGCGAGAAGACCAAGAUGCGGGGCUGGUUCCCCUUCUCCUACACCCGAGUCCUGGACAGCGAUGUCAGCGACAGGUUGCAUAUGAGCCUCCAGCAGGGGAAGAGCAGCAGCACGGGCAACCUGCUGGACAAGGAGGACCUGGCCCUCCCGCCACCUGACUAUGGCACGUCCUCCCGAGCCUUCCCGGCCCAGACAGCCGGCACCUUCAAGCAGAGGCCCUACAGCGUGGCUGUGCCCGCCUUCUCUCAGGGCCUUGACGACUACGGUGCGCGGUCUGUGAGCAGCGGCAGUGGUACGCUGGUGUCCACAGUGUGAGGACGCAGACCACGCGCAGCCACUGCUCUGGAGAGCUUGCCACCGCCUCCCCCUCCCGCUCCUCCUCCUCA